GACAUUCCACCAUUCACACAUCUAGGAAAAAGUCAGCCGGCGUAAUACUGGAACCUUUAUUGAUUCAAGACAAGGCAGUGCGCUGAGACAGUGGUUUGCCACAUGUUGUUGUCUUCACAAUAAUUUAAUAUUUGGUCAAUUGUAUUCUUUAAGGCUUCACCAUGCCGCAGAGCUGCCGAUAUUAUAAGGAGAAAUAUCCUGAGGUGGAGGAUGUUGUAAUGGUAAAUGUUCGAAGCAUUGCAGAGAUGGGUGCCUAUGUUCACCUUCUGGAAUAUAACAAUAUUGAAGGCAUGAUCCUUCUCUCAGAAUUGUCGAGGAGACGUAUUCGUUCCAUCAACAAGCUUAUUAGAGUAGGUAAAACAGAACCAGUUGUUGUCAUCCGAGUGGACAAGGAGAAAGGAUAUAUUGAUCUGAGUAAGCGAAGAGUGUCACCUGAGGAUGUGGAGAAAUGUACAGAACGGUUUGCGAAAGCCAAGGCUGUGAACUCUAUUUUACGCCAUGUUGCUGAACUUCUCAAUUAUGAAUCAGAUGAACAGCUUGAGGAGCUUUACCAGAAGACAGCAUGGCACUUUGAAGAUACUCGCAAAGGUUCUGCUUACGAUGCAUUCAAGCAAGCAGUAUUAGACCCUUCAAUUUUGGCAGAAUGUGGUUUAGAUGAGCAAACUCAAGAAGUUCUUCUUAGCAACAUCAAAAGGAAACUUACUUCUCAAGCUGUCAAGAUCCGCUCAGACUUUGAAGUUGCCUGUUACGGUUAUGAAGGUAUCGAUGCUGUAAAGCAAGCUCUUCGUGCUGGUUUAGAGUGUUCCACUGAGGAAUUGCCCAUCAAGAUUAAUCUAAUUGCACCUCCUUUGUACGUUAUGACAACAUCAACACCUGAGAAGGCUGAUGGUUUAAAAGCCCUCAACAUAGCUAUUGAAAAGAUUAAAGACAGCAUUCAAUCUUUGGGGGGCAUGUUUACCAUGCAAAUGGCGCCCAAAGUUGUCACAGCCACUGAUGAAGCUGAUCUCCUGCGGCAAAUGGAGAAGGCUGAACUUGAAAAUGCUGAAGUUGCAGGAGAUGAUGAUGAGGAAGAGGAGGAUGAAGGCAUGACAUACAACAGUGGAGGUGAAGAGGAGGGUGAGGAGAAGGAAGAAGUCAAAGAAGUAAAUGGUGUGGAGGAUUAAUGAAAACCCAUUGUAUUGUUCAAAUCAAAUGUGCAUGGUUGAAAAAAAAAAAUGAUAAGAUUGUGUUUUAAAGCCCAGUUGCAAAAUUAUUAUCAUUACAAAUGGUGUGUGUCUCAUUAUCAUUUCCAGUCACAUUAAAUUCCUUGGUUUUGCCUCAUCUGUUUAACAUAACAUACUGUUCCCUGUCUUCGCUGUUUUAUUUAUAGGCUAAAUAAAUUUAUACUCUGUGGUAAA